AUUGGAUAAAUUAUCAGCUACGGAUUGGUCAAUAAACAUGUUUUAGCAUCAUUGAUGAUGACUUGAAGAUCAUUAACUCAAUUUGUUUUUUCUUGUUCUUUGAAAAAUUAGAUUUAUUUUCCAUGACAGAUGACAGGGCCAUAACAAGCCCUUUGUUUGUGUUUGUUUGUCGAUAUAUAAUAUAUAAUUUUGUUACUAAAGUCGAAGGUCGAUUUUUCAUUUAUGGUCGUCGUUAUGAAUCAUAAAUCGAAUUAUUAUCAUUAUCAUUAUAUUCAAUUUAAUCAUCAGCAAAAUUAGAGCAACUACUCUUUAUUUUACCUGUACUACGCAUCAAUGAUUAUGAAAUAUUUCCAUUGGUCCUUGAUGAUUCUAGUUGAUCAUUCUUGUUGAAAUAUUUUGAUCAUUCGGUGAUUUCUCAAUAUGGAAUGGCAAUCCCGCAAUAAUAAUAAUAAGUAUAAACAAGCACAGAAACAUCGGAAACGUUUAUGGUUGGAAAUAUUAACCGUUCGUUUGGGUUUAAAAGCAUCAUAUAUUUGGGAUUUGUCGGAGGAAAAUUGUCAUCAAAUCUACCGUAUACUUGAUGAGAUAAAUAUAGAUUGUCGCCCUACUUCAUUUGGUGGUGUUAGUUGGCCCAUUAUGAUUGGUGACAAUGGCCAUUCAUUGAAUGUAGUAAAAUUAUCACUACAACAUUCACCAUCUAACAGUAAUGAUGAUGAUGAACAAACAACAAUGCCUGUUAUAUUCUAUGGCAACAUUCGACACAUGAUCGAGAACAUUAAUUUAACAUUAAUUCAACUCGACAUUUGGAUUCAUGGCUACAAUAAUCAUGCAUCCGAUUGUCACCAUCACCAUAAUAAUAAAGACGUCUUUCAUCAUCCACUUUAUACAUAUUUGAUCGACGUUUCAGCUGUAUUGAAUGAGCCUAAAAUUAUUCAACACCAAAAUGAUGACAACAACGUCGAGAACAAGGAAGAGGAAAAUGUAAUGCAUAGCCUAAAAUAUUGCCUCCUACACAUUCGUGAUCAACUUGUUUUUGUCAGCCAAAAUAAUGUUAACAAGCGAAAUAAUGAUGAACCAUGUGUUAUUAUUCAUAUUGGCAAUCACUUGUUACAAGAUUCAAGUAGCCAUUAUUGGGAUCUAUGUGCAAUAACGGGCAUUCUACUUGGUUAUCCAAUCAUCUAUUGUAAUCGUACAAUGAAUAAUGGUAAUUGUCUUGCCAAUCAAAUGUUACGUAAUUAUACGAUCCGAAUGAUGAAUGUCCAAACGAAUGAAUCAUACGUUAUUUAUUCUUUUACUGUACCCAAUAAAUUUGUCCAUAUUUUUCAAUCAAGAAUCGAUCAAUGGUUUAAAUCAUUAAAAAUUGAUUUGACAAACAAAUCGAUUAUGCUGAAAAUGGAACAAAAAUUGGAAUGUCAUCCAUUCAUAUUAACCUGA